AUGACGAUUGGAAGUCCUGCACCUAAGGAAGGGAAGACAAAGACAAGAAAGAACAAAACAGUUGUUGAUGAGAAUGCACCUUUAAUUCCUAAGACUCAAGAGACUGAUGUUAAGUUUGAUGAUUAUAAUGGAGCUUCAUUUUCUGGGGCCGUUUUCAACUUGUCCACAACAAUUAUUGGUGCUGGAAUCAUGGGCUUGCCUGCAACCGUGAAAAUGUUGGGAAUGGUGCCUGGUCUUCUUGCUAUAAUCUUAACAGCUUUCUUGACAGAGAAGUCAAUUGACUUCUUGAUUAGAUUUUCUAGGGCAGGGAAUCUUACUUCUUAUGGAAACCUCAUGGGGGACGCCUUUGGGAAAUAUGGAAAAGCUCUGGUGCAGAUAUGUGUUAUAGUCAGUAACAUUGGUGUGCUGAUUAUUUACAUGAUUAUUAUUGGUGAUGUGAUUUCUGGAACAUCUUCAAGUGGAACUCACCAUUCUGGUAUCCUUGAAGAAUGGUUUGGUGUUUAUUGGUGGACUGGGCGUACAUUUGUUCUUUUAGUUACAACACUUGCUGUGUUUGCACCUUUGGUGAGCUUUAAGCGAAUUGAUUCAUUGAGAUUCACAUCUGCAUUAUCAGUUGGACUAGCAGUUGUUUUUCUUGUGAUUGCUGGGGGAAUCUCAAUCUUCAAGAUUAUAAGUGGAGGAAUUGAGAUGCCAAGGCUCUUCCCAAUCAUUACUGAUGCAGCAUCAUGUUUUGAACUGUUCACUGUAGUUCCUGCGCUUGUGACAGCCUAUAUCUGCCACUAUAACGUUCACAGCAUAGAUAAUGAACUUGAGGACUCCUCAAGGAUGCAAGGGGUUGUAAGAACUUCCCUUGCUCUAUGCUCUUCAGUGUACUUACUCACAAGCUUCUUUGGGUUCCUACUAUUUGGUGAAGCAACUCUUGAUGAUGUGCUUGCUAAUUUUGAUACUGAUCUUGGAAUUCCUUUUGGUUCUGUGCUCAAUGAUGCUGUUCGUUUAAGCUAUGCUGCACACCUUGUACUUGUAUUUCCUGUUGUCUUUUAUGCAAUGAGGGUCAACAUAGAUGGUCUAAUAUUCUCUUCAUCAAGGCCUUUGGUUCUAGAUAACUUGAGAUUUGCAUUAGUUACUAUUGCCCUUAUUGGUGUUAUCUUUCUGGGAGCAAAUUUCAUACCAAGCAUUUGGGAUAUUUUCCAGUUCACUGGAGCAACUGCUGCUGUUUGUGUAGGAUUCAUAUUUCCAGCUGCCAUCACUCUUAGGGAUCGGUACAACAUAGCAACUAAAAAAGACAAGAUUCUGUCUAUCUUUAUGAUAGUCCUGGCAGUUUUGUCAAAUGCUGUGGCUAUAUACAGUGAUGCCUAUGCCUUGAUCAAGAAGAACAAAAAGUGAAUGAUUUCUUUAAACUUUCUUUAGAAUCCCAUUGUACAGUUAUGUAGGUAAUGAACAAAAUUGGCAGGGUUAUUGGCCAACUACAAAAUCAUGGCUGUUGGUGCUAGUUAAUCUCCUAAUCAUGUGAUGAUGAUUUUUGGCAGGAUGAUUAAAGAGUUAAAUUUGUUGAAAGGGAUGCAAGUUGAUCCAAAAA